AUGGUGAGUGUCGUGGGAGAGAUGUUUUGUAAUCCGUACACGACGGAGCUGGUGGUUAGAAGGCGGCGAGAGAGCCUGAAAAGAGAUCGUUACGAUGUUUUUGAUCUCUCUGACAAUCUCAUCUUCACCAUCGACGGUAGCAUUUGGAACAUCCGCCGUAAACGUGUCCUCCGUGACGCCUCCGGAACUCCUCUUCUCUCCAUGCGCACCAAGGGACUUGUAACAAUGAGAUACAAAUGGGAAGUGUACAAAGGAGAAAGCAUAGAAUCCGAGGAUCUUCUUUUCUCAGUAAGGGAACCAAAUCUAUUCUCAUUCAAAACAUCACUCGAUGUCUCUUUACCGCCACAACAAGCUUCGAUAACGACAGACGUUAGUAGUAUCGAGCCAGACUUUCGAACUUCUGGUCGUUACAUCGGUUCUUCUUUCAAACUCUUUGAACCAAUUCAUAAUACUCUUCUUGCUGAGGUGGUUCAUGAUUUCUCAUUGAGAGGACUUAUAAUGGGGAAUUACAGCUUCAAAGUGAGGGUUAAUCCAUAUGUCGAUUUCGCAUUUGUCGUCGCGUUACUUGUUAUCGCAGAUGAUACAUCCAAUCUACGUUAG